GCAUUGAGAAUCAUUCACCCCACUGACUUACGGAUUACUGGCUCCCGGAGUUUUCUGCAAUGCUGCCACGGUGGCCCCUCACAGGAGACCAGCAUCUCAGCACGGGACCUUGUGCUCCUCCACGGCUCUUCAGGCUGAACUGAAGAUCCCUCUUAUUUGCGGGGUGCCAAGAACUAUGAACAGACAGGACAACAGAAGGGCAACAAAAGAAGGACCCAGUGAUCUGAACCAGAACCUCUGUCUGCCAAAAAAUAGGUCAUGGCCUCAAAUCAACAGCACCGCAGGCCAGUACCAGGCUAUCGACGAGCCUCUUCUCGAAUGUGAAAGGAACUUUGCUGUGGCAGCUCUGGAUGGAGCAAAAGACUACAGGGAUGGUGACUACGAAGACCCUGAGCUUCAUGUGGUAGAGGCGUGGAAAUCGAUACAAAUAUUACCAGCCAGGCCUAUAAAGGAAUCAGAAUAUGCAGACACACGCUGUUUCAAGGGUGUGAUGGACACUCCCCAUCCCUUAGACACCAAGACCUCUGUCCCCACAGAGCGCCAUCCCUGGCACACACAGAUGGGGCUGGAAAAAGUGGACAAACCCAUUUUCAAGGAUUCCAGAAGCCAACAUGUUAAAGGAGACAGACCCACAAAGGGAAACAAGACUCCUUUACCACCUCCUCGGCCACCUGUCACUCUUCCAAAGAAGUACCAGCCCUUGCCCCCCCGGCCGGAGAGCCGCCGGUCACCCCUCCCUCAGAGGAUCAGCUUCCCUGACGUCCAGAAAGGUCCCAGGCAGAUAAACUUAAAGGACUUAAGUGAGGUCCUUGGAACAGAGAGAGUUCCUCAUUACCAGAUGAAGCCUGAAUCAAUUCACCUGUCACAAAAUCAAAGCACUCCAGAGAUUCCUCUUGCCAUUGCCAGCUCGCCAUUCAUGACCAGGAACCACAGUGUACAAAACAGAGAUCAUAAAGAAAGCAUGCAGUUUCAUCCUCCUCAGAGAUGUCAGUCUCCAGCCCGCUUCAGCUCUCAGGAAAAUUUGCUUCACCAUAAAAACACAAGCUGGAGAAAACCUUUCCCUACGAGGUCUGAUGCAAAGGAUGUCCAGCAGAGUGACUGGUACAUCGGAGAACAAAGCCGCAAGGCAGUAGAAGAGGCAUUAAGGAAGGAGAACAAGGACGGCACUUUCUUGGUCCGAGACUGUUCCACGAAAUCCAGGGCAGAACCCUACGUGCUGGUGGUGUUUUAUGGGAACAAAGUCUACAAUGUGAAAAUCCGUUUCCUGGAGAAGAAUCAGCAGUUUGCCCUGGGGACAGGACUGAGGGGAGAUGAGAAGUUUAAUUCAGUGGAAGACAUCAUUGAACACUACAAGUAUUUCCCCAUCGUACUAAUUGAUGGGAAAGACAAAACCGGAAUCCACAGGGAGCAAUGCUACCUGACUCAGCCCCUCCCCCUCAGCAGGUGCUUCUCACCUUGGUAGUCGGGAGUUUUGUUUUCUCUGCAGUUCACUGGAUCCAAGACCUCUACCCACUUUUCAUUUAUUUCAAAAGACGAUUUUUCUGUGGCUUCGGGGGAUCACUUCUUUGACUUCGGAGAAAAGGAAAACAUUCUAUAAUGGAAAUUGGAAAAUCGAUCUCGGUUUUGAAAGUUCAAACCACAGAAGAAAUAUUGAUAAGAAGCAAAAAUAAAAGCAGGCUUUUAAAAAAUAUCUUCUAAAGAGAAAACCAUAAACGUGGUCGCCAUGCUUCCAGGUGAGAAAUAAAGGUGAGGAGAAGCUUUGCUUAGAUGUUUGCAGCUAGCACGGGACAAAUCUAUGUGAGACUCCCGAAUCUAUGCUCUUUAUAGGACCUGGUUCUGCCUUUAUUUCAGAAGCGGUAGGACCUUGUGAAGGUACAAUGUUUUUGAGAUUCCUUAUGCUGAAGACGUUGGUGAAUGUAAGCUCUAUUUUAUUUGUAAUCCUGGAAACUCAACUGUAGAGAAGGAAUGUAGCAGAAAAGGAGAGUGUUUGCAAAUAUCACCCGUAAGACAGAAAUCAAAACGCUUUUACUCCAGGGGUGAAAGGGCCAUGGGCCCAGUCUCCAGGACUCUGUUUGGAGUGGCUUUAAGACAAACGGAAUUAGCAGAUUCGUAGUAAGGGAGUAAGCCUAAGUCUGAGAGAAAGUAAUUUUUUUUUUAAUUCCAAUUAUGGACUUCCCUUCAAAGGAAGAGAAGUGUCCUCAGAUUAGUGCUACUUUGAAGGAACAUUGCACGCCCCCUGAUACUGUCCCCUCCUAAAGCUAAGAGGAUAUUAUUUUAUUACUAUUUUACAAUACAAAUGAGGAAUAAGAGGCUCAAAGAGGUUACUGGUCUCACUCGAUGUAAGAAGGGAGCCCCCAUCUUUACGCAUUUUGCCUGGCUCCAUCCAAGCACACCUUCCCAGGUACAUUUCCCUGUGGAAUUUUACCAUCAGGUUGAAAAGCUGAAUUAAAGAGAGAGACACCAUUUGAAAACAGAUUUCCCCGCAUUGAAAAAUAUAAAUAAAUAAACUCUUUAGUGGAGUACGUUUAAAAAAAAAGAGAGAGAGAGAGAGUUCUGGUUGAAAUCAAUCUACAAAGUGACUUCAAAUAUUACCAAAGUCUAUACAUGAAAUUUAUGGAAUAUUUACGCAAGAGUAGCUUUAAGGCAGAAGUAAAAUCAAAACAGAUUUAGAAGGGGAGAGAUGACAAUGGGAACCUUGCUCAGGAUUAUCUCAUCUAAAAUAGCAGCCACGGACUGCUCUGAGAGGAACUCUGAGAGUCUACCUACCAACCGGAAAACCGUCCAGGCUCAGCUUUCUCAAGAUCAGUGGGAAAUUAUGCCUCUAAGUCAGGUCAGGAGCCUUUGAUGAAGAAGCUCUUUGUCAGUGAGAGCUCCAGAUACCCCACUGAGCCUCCCUUCCAGUGCACCUGCACGGGGUAACAUAGGGACCAAGAGGUGAGCGUGUCCAAACUGCGGCUUGGCUACUAAGGAGCGUACUGCUCAGAGCUGAAGGCAGUAUGGUUGCUGGUCACUCUCGGCUGGACUUGGGCAGACCCAGGCCGGUGUGGAAAAAGACCGCAGAGGCCCCAGCUCUAGCGCAGGAAGAAUCUGAGCCUCCCUCUACAAAGCUAUUGGGAGAUGCCUGGGACCUCUGAUUCACUUGUUCCCACCAUUCAACACUGUGUGCUCAAGAAAUGUCUGAGUCUCCUCAAGCACUAGCGUUGUUAAAACGGAUGAGCAUCAGCUGGUGGCUGGCAUUUAUGAGGCUUAUGUUUUUCAAAAUGUUUUAUUCAUAAAUGCCUGAUAUGAUGGGGAGAGGAAAAGGAGGCAGAAAUCAACCAUCUUAAAAUAAAAAGCCCACCAUGCUUAUCCAUAAUGAAAAUCUCUGGAAAGAUAAAAUUCAAAAUAUUGACGGGGUUGUUUUUUAGAUGAUUAGGGUUUGAGGGACCAUGUUAGCUGGGUCUUCUGGAACUCAAAUGCCCAAGACAGGAGUUAGAAGUGCAAACAUUUGUUACAGGUAAUGCCUGAGAAAGAUAAGGGGUGAAGGGAAGCAAUAAGACUAGGCAGGGAGAGCCUUUGGGCUGUGACGUGGUCCCCUAUGAGAGGAGAGACAGAAGGAGGGAGAUGGGGGUAAGAAAAGCAUCCAGCUGAGAUGCAGCUCUGGGAGACUCCUGGCCAGCUCGCUGGUAUGAUCCAGAGCAAAGAUUGCUCAUAGAGGACAGAGUCCCAUGUGAGGCAGAAGUGACUAGGUCUUCGUACACACAACACCAUGUAAGUCAUUCCCAGAGACCGCCCAGGGAAAACAACCUUCAGAUGCUGGGGGAGAUCCAGAAGCUGCUGCAGAGGAAGGCUGUCAGAUAACCCACUCAUCAGCAAGUUCCUCUUUCAAGGGAGAGCCAAGUGGCCCACCACCAUGCCCGCCACAGAGACUCUUGUUUUCAGUGUUGAUUGUAAUAAGGACAUACUGCUUAUAAGUAUUACUGAAGAAUAAGGAUAUACAUACACAUAACUGUACUUGAUUGUACAACUGUACAAUAUAUAUACAUAUACAUAAUUGUACCUGAUUCUCACAACAGUUCUGUAAAAAGGCAGGACAGGUCUUCUGAACCCACUGUAUGACUGAGGACACUGUGUCUCCUUGGCCCAAAUCCUAUGAUGACACAGUCAUGGCUGAACCAACGUCUUCAGACACAAUUCUAUUCAGUGUCUAGCUGCUUAUUGGAUCUGUAAUUGAAAAAGUUCAGUGACUUGGGUUUGGCUUGCCCAAAUUCCAAAGGGCUUAAUCCCUCUUCAACUAGUAUUUCAUUUUCAGUGUAAAAGUGUCACUUGAUCCCUAGCCGCCAGAGUAGUGAAAUCUUAGCUUUAUCUGAUUAUAGCAUCUAUGCCUUCAAUACAUUUCUUGUUGACUAAAUAACUAUCAUUCUGGAUCAAUUUAUAUCUUCCUCAUCUUUAAUAAUACCUUGCUAUGAGCACUUGCUUCUAUAUGCAAAUGCAUUCAUUGCUAGGCACUCUUGAGGACGUUGGAAUUACAGUGAUGAAUUAAGUGGGAGAAACAGACCAUUAAAAAGCACCCAAUAAAUAAGAUAAUCUACUUUAUCACUGAGUGCUUGUCAGUGAGGUCAAUAUUAGACAUUUUGAUGAAGCUUAUUUGAGAUGGUUUUUAAAAGCUCUGUACCAGAAAAUUUUUAAUUUUUCCAAAUUUACUUAAUGGAAAAUUCCCUCACUUGGGUAUAUGUGUGGGCGAGAGGAUGCGGGUGUGUGGGUGUGUUUGACACAUUGUAGCUGAAAUCAGUUAAAUUUUCUGUGCUAAUGACCAGAAAGGAACCAAAUUUUAUCCCAUUUUCAAACUUAGCCCAUUGCCAUGUAUAUGUACACAUAAACACAUUUUUUUAAGAUGGUCUGUAUCAUAGAAGACUAGCAUAUUUGUGCAUCCAUUUUUGUAUACUAAUGUUUGUUCUAACUAACAUUCACUUUCUUUUGAACAUUCAUGAUUUAUAGCUGUGCUAAAAAAAUGAAAUCAAAUA